UCGGUGACCCCGUGGCCCCGCCCCUCCUUGGCCGCCUCCGCCUGCCGCUGGGGCUGCGGCUCAUCCCGGGGCCGGUUCCCGCUGUCUCAGCCGCCGCGCUGAGGGCGCACCAGCUUGAUAGAUCGGCCGCCGGUGCUGGGAGCCACCGCUUUCAGCUCGGCCCUCCUGGCUGGGAACCCGGGACCGACUCUGGCCGCAGCGACCCUCGCCCUUCGUCGCUGUGCCGGGCGGGUGCCGGGCCGGCCAGCCGCGCUCCGGCCCUUCCCAGGCGGCGCCGCAGCCACAGCCCGCCCAAGAGGCAGAUGUGGCAAGAUAAAUGAAGGGGUGUAGAAGCAAAAUAAAUGACCCUGGCAAGGAGAACUACCAUCACUAAGGGUGCCUCUAAGUUGCUGGUCCCAAAUUUGUGCUUCUACUGCCUGAGCCUCCUGAGUAGCUGGGAUUACAGGGCUGAACACAGUGAAAUCACUUACAGAGUUGGAAGGCUAUUAAGAACACAAGAUGGGGACUCCUGGUUCUGGAAGGAAACGAACACCUGUGAAAGAUCGAUUUUCUGCAGAAGAUGAAGCUUUGAGUAACAUUGCCAGAGAGGCAGAGGCAAGGCUAGCAGCAAAACGCGCUGCCCGGGCAGAAGCAAGAGAUAUACGCAUGAGAGAACUGGAACGACAACAAAAAGAGCACUCUCAUCAUUCCUUUGACAAGAAAUGGGGACAGAUUCACAAGUGGCUGGAAGAUUCCGAAAGGGCCAGGUAUUCUCACCGGUCCAGUCAUCACCGUUCUUAUCUGGGAGUUGAGGAUACAUUGUCCUUCCGAAGUCCUGGCAGUCACAGGUAUGAUACUCUCAAGGAUAGAUCAUCAAGACUUUCAUCAUUAAAUCAUUCUUACAGUCACUCUUAUGGAACGAAGAAGCGAUCUUCUCAUUUUCAUAAAGACCCACUGAGUGGCCUCUACUUUGAUCAGAGAAACUAUAGCAGUCUUAGACAUAGCAAACCCACCUCUGCUUACUACACUCGGUCUUCUUCCCUAUGCAGUGACCCUCUGGCAACAUCUAAGAGUCACAGGGCCUCCCCUACUGCAAAUUCUGGUCUGCUGAGAAGUGCCAGCCUGGCAUCAUUCUACGAUGGUGGAUUAUAUAACCCUUAUAGUUCUCGAACUCCAUCUGAAUACAGUUCUUACUCAUCAAGAACAAGUUCAGCCCGAAGCAGUCCUGUGUUGGUCAACGAUGACACCGCGAGCAUUGUAUCUUCUCUAUCUUCUGAUCGUGCCAGUCAUGGGCGAAGGGAGAGUGUGGUUUCUGCUGCUGAUUAUUUUAGUCGCUCCAAUCGUAGGGGAAGUGUUGUCUCUGAGGUUGAUAACAUCAGUAUCCCAGAUACGACCAGUUUGGAUGAAAAAUCUGACAAACAGUAUGCUGAAAAUUAUACAAGGCCUUCAUCUCGAAAUUCUGCCUCAGCAACAACUCCUCUAAGUGGAAACUCAUCCAGACGAGGAAGUGGGGACACCAGCAGUUUAAUAGAUCCAGACACCUCUUUAAGUGAAUUGCGGGAUAUCUAUGAACUUAAGGACCAGAUACAGGAUGUAGAAGGGAGAUACAUGCAGGGGCUUAAAGAACUAAAGGAGUCUUUGUCUGAAGUGGAAGAAAAAUACAAGAAAGCCAUGGUUUCCAAUGCACAAUUAGACAAUGAAAAGAACAAUUUGAUCUAUCAAGUGGACACCCUUAAAGAUGUUAUUGAAGAACAGGAGGAACAGAUGGCGGAAUUUUAUAGAGAAAAUGAAGAAAAAUCAAAGGAGCUAGAAAGGCAGAAACAUAUGUGUAGUGUGCUGCAGCAUAAGAUGGAUGAACUUAAAGAAGGCCUUCGGCAAAGAGAUGAGCUUAUUGAGGAGAAUCAGCGCAUGCAGCAGAAACUAGACACCAUGACAAAAGAAGUGUUUGACCUCCAGGAGACACUUCUUUGGAAAGAUAAAAAAAUUGGGGCCCUAGAGAAACAGAAAGAAUACAUUGCCUGCCUUAGGAAUGAGCGAGAUACGCUCAGAGAGGAGCUGGCUGACCUGCAGGAGACAGUGACAGGAGAGAAACAUGGUUUAGUUAUAAUUCCUGACGGCACUCCCAAUGGUGAUGUCAAUCAUGAACCAGUGGUUGGUGCCAUUACUGUUGUGUCUCAGAAAGCUGCUCAGGUCCUGGAGUCAGCGGGAGAAGGGCCACUAGACGUAAGGCUACAGAAACUUGCAGGAGAAAAGGAAGAGCUACUAUCACAGAUUAGAAAACUGAAACUGCAGUUAGAAGAAGAACGGCAGAAGUGCUCCAGGAAUGAUGGCACAGCGGGUGACCUGGCAGGACUUCAGAAUGGCUCAGACUUGCAGUUUAUUGAAAUGCAGAGAGAUGCCAAUAGACAAAUUAGUGAAUACAAAUUUAAGCUUUCAAAAGCAGAACAGGAUAUAACCACCUUGGAGCAAAGUAUUAAUCGGCUUGAGGGGCAGGUGCUGAGAUACAAAACUGCUGCUGAGAAUGCUGAGAAAGUUGAAGAUGAACUGAAGGCAGAAAAGAGGAAGCUACAACGAGAGUUACGAACAGCACUGGACAAGAUUGAGGAGAUGGAAAUGACCAACAGUCACCUGGCCAAGCGGCUAGAGAAGAUGAAGGCCAACAGGACAGCACUUCUGGCCCAGCAAUAGGGCAGCUGCCCUUUGACCUGGGUGCUGCUCUGUGGGGCCCUGCCCAGAGGGACUGACUCUUUUUGUACAUUGACACAAACCCUUUCAGUACUGUUUUGAGUUUUGUCAUUAAAACAUCCACCUUUGUAUUUUAUAAUUUAUGAGAAUGAAGCAGGUUUGAAUCUUCAUGAACGAACACUUUGGAUUUUGUGUGUAGUUUGAUUCUAGACUAAGAACUGGUCUGUGCUAUUCAUGUUUUGUUUCCAUAAUUUUAGAAUCAUGUUUACUCAACAUUUUCCCCCAGCUCCCUCAGUGACUGGGCACUUGGAGGCCUUGGCACGGGGUCUGGAGGACAGCAGUUUUAUUGCGCUGAGAUACUUGCUGGAGACCUCAGAAAACACAAGUGCCUUCUCCACAGAGCAAUUCAGACUUCACUGGUAUCCCGUGGUCAAAAGACAUCUACCCGUCAUAUGAGAUAGUGUUUAUAUUUUAGUGAAGAAAUAAGUUCAAGCAUGGGGAAUCAAUGUGUUUCACUCAAAUUUAUAUGUUUGGAGGAAAACCCCUUUUUUUUGUAAAAUAUUUAAAUUUAUAUAAGAAAAUGUUAGAAAAAGAUAUGGGGAAUGUAUAUAAAACUUGCUUUAUUGCAGGGGGUAGUGGAAGUCCAAGGCCUAUUCUCUUAGAGUAAGAGCAGGGUUCUUAUUCUUCCAUAUCAACUAUGCUGUACCUUCUAAAGUAUUUUCAUCAGCUGCUUAUUUGUGGAAUGAACCUCAGACAAGCCCGAAGGUGGAGGGAAGGGCAGGGCAGGCAGGUGGGAAAUCUGCCUGUGAAUUCUAUUAAAAAUACCCUUCUUGCCAACCUCAA